AUGCCGAUUUAUGAUCUUGCAACGGAGCUCUUGCUCCAUAUAUUUCGCUCAUGCGACUCCAUCUUCGAUAUUCUAAAUUUAGCAUCCAGUUGCCGCCGACUUCACCACGUCUUCAACUCGCCAAGCAAACUGCAUAUCCUAGCCAGUGUGGCGGAGAGGCAGUUUGGUCCCCUCGACGAUGCCAUUCAGGUGGUGACGCAAAAUGAGAGCCAGCCGGCUCAUAUCAUCCGGCAUGCACCCAUGUCUGAUUCUCUGUUAGAACAAGUCAUACAGCUCGGCUUGGUGGCGCGCAAAUGGGAAACAAUCUACCCAUUCAAAAAGUGGAAGAUCGACUUUGAAAACCGCCGCUCGCUCACCGAUGAAGAACGAUUGCGCGUGCGCCGCGCAGUAUAUCGGCUGUGGUGGUAUCAUAGUGCAUUUCACUCUCGUGCUUAUGAUCGGCAUUCCCGCAGUCUUCGACACGUUGUAUUGGAACGGGCCCAGCUGCUUCACAACUGGUCCACUCAGGAGCUGGCCGAGAUUGAGGACUUGCGGCUUAUCAUGGAUGAUAUCUUGCGAAACCACAUAUGUCCUAGUAAUGGGACAAUUCAACGCAAGUUUCGCAAGCGCUUCCCAGACAGCAGCCAGCAACCCGUGUUCAAUAUCCACCUAAACCAUCCAAGGUUCAGCACUACUCCCCUAUCACCUCAUGAUCACUCUUUCUUCGAAAAGGGCCCUGGUGCCCCGAUUCGACAGUACUUUCACACUGCUCACCCGAACAAUUACGCCGAAUCUUCGGCCAAAUACCGCUCUCGGUUUCGCAAUGACCUCUCCCAUGACCCAGGGUAUGAAGGUUGGGGCGACGAGAUCCCGCAUUACUACAUUGUGCAGGAUAUGCUGAAACUUGAUCCUGGCCAGAUAUUGUGGUUGCGUGAUCAUGCUCUGCUGAAGGAGCAGGUAGAGGAGUAUGUGUGGUCUCUGGGAGAGUGGUUUCGUGACAAUGGCGAGACAUUCGGUGACACAAUGGAAUAUGUCAUGAAUGAACGUGGUCUCGAGAUUCGAGAAGUUAGAUCUGCAAUAGUCAACCGUGGCAUGGGCAUCAUUCUAGACUAG